CCAAGCAGAUUAACCUUGUCAUUCAUUCUUCUACUAAACCACUCAAUAGUCAUCUUUCUUUGCCUCUUUGUCAUCAGUCUCUCUCCGACACCUCUUCACUUCAAUUUUCUUUCACCCAUACAAAUUACGAAGUUCUGGCUUCUCAUUCUGAAUGCUUUCAACAUGAGUAGCUCAGCUGGACUUCGUGCAAGAUCAAAUUGUAGGCGCCAUAAUGAUUCAGAUAUUUUUCCUAUAAAAAAAGGGAAACCUCUGAACAAAAAUGAGAACGUAGAUAGAAGGGAUUUUCAAAACAUGGGAGGCAUCGUUGAGGAUCAUCGUAGAAGAUCCAGUAGCAGCAAGCUAAAUUCUAAUUUAGAUAAGUCACAUGAUGAUCCUGAUAUUUGGACUAAAAAACGUGGGAAGCCUCCUCAGGAGAAAAAAGAGAAAAUUGAUAGAAAGGAUAUUCAAAAAUUGGGUAACUUGGUCAAGGGACUAAACGAAAGAUGUAGUCACAGAAAGCGAAAGUUUAUUAUACAUGACUCAGAUGAUGAUAAUGAUAGAAAUGAUAUUCAGAAAUUGGGUGUCUUGGUUGAGGGAUUACACAAAAGAUGUAGUCGCAGAAAGCGAAAGUUUAUUAUACGUGACUCAGAUGAUGAUAAUGAUAGAAAUGAUAAUAAAAUGGGUGGCCCUAUAAAGGAGCGUCGUGGAACAUGUAGUCGCAUGAUUCUAAUAAAUGACUCAGAUGAUGAUUAUCAUGUUUUACCUAGAAAAUGUGGAAAAUCUGAUGAUAGAAAUGAUAAUCCACCAAGUGAAAAACUAUUUCUGGAAAAUGUUGCGUCGUUGGCCGGUUCAGCAUUGGUUAAGCCUAAUGGUGAUAACCUGGAUAUGGCUUGGGAAUGGAAUUCCCUAAAAGACAUAAGCAAUAAACGGGCUGUAACUUGUGAUUUUUGUCUAAAGACCACAAAUGGUGGUAUAACCAGAGCUAAAAAACAUCAGAUAGGGUUGGAAGGAGACGUUAGUGCUUGCAAAAAGAUCCCACCUUCAAUUAAGCUCAAGAUUAAGCAAGCUUAUGAAAAAAAGAAGGCUGUGAAAUUUGGGCUGGAAGAAGAAAAUGAUGAUGAUGAGGUGGAAGCCACAGAAGAAAUUAACCUAAGAGCUGGAAAAAGACGUGCCAAGGGAAGUAUUACGCAAGGCUCUAUACAUGGACAUAUGAAUACGCUGAAAAUUAUUGAACUAUCAAACAAACUCACUCUUGGAAUGGCCAAGAGGAAAACAUGUAUAAGGGAUGCUAGUAUUAAAAAAGCAAGGGCUAAAGCUAAUCGAUGCAUUGCCCAAUUCAUCCGUGAGAAUGAAAUUCCUUUCGAGGUUGCAUGCUCUAAAGGCUUUAAGAUGAUGAUUGAAGCUGUUGGAGAUUACGGUCAACAAUUGAAUCCUCCAAGCUACCAUAAGUUGAGGGCUCCUCUGCUAAAAGAACAAUCAGAGCUUACAAAGGAAAAACACAAGCCACAUGAGAUAGAGCAAACUCAGUAUGGAGAGGCGAUUGAAGAUGAACCGGUUGUUGAGCCGUUGAGGUUGACUUGUGGAGUUGUUGAUGAUGCAAUUAAGCUUGGUGAGCCAUCUAGACUCACUAUUGAAGCUCCCAUUGAAGAGGAAAAGGAGGAGGCGAAACAAGAAGAGAACCCGAAGCCCAAGCCCGAGAUCAAUAAGAGGUAUGCAAGGAAAAGUAGGAGGGAUAAUGCACUUGUCCAAGUCUAGGAAAAUGAAAUUGCUUAAUUCAAGUUGGCAUUAGUAGUGGGGAUAGGGAAUUUGAGUUGGUUGUUCAGAGAGAAAAUAUUAGUGGAGGACAUAAUAGGUUUGAAUUUGGAAUUGGGAACCAUAGGAGAGAGUAGAUAACUUGAACGCCUACUGUUUUCUGUUUUGUCGUCUUUCCAUUUUUUUUUUAUUACAAAAACAUCUGCACCCAGGGGUUAAAUCAUUUGAUUAAGCUUGUAUAUAUACCGUGUCGCAGUUCUUUUCCUUGUAUUUUGUAUGGUUCCUUUUUUCUUUUUUUGAUUGAGACUUGUGGUUCCUUUUAGAAAUGAAAAUAGUGAUUCUAUUUAAGGAAUCAUUUGUUACA